CGUUGCAGCUUGCGAGUGUUUAACCCAAGCUGGGCUGGCAAAAACCCGAAACAAAAUCGACCGAUAUUAGUAUCAAGAACACGUCGCCUCGCCUCUCAAAGUUUGCGUCGAUGUUAUGAGCCUUCCCUCUUAAUUUUCAUGGCUAACCUGAAAGUCAUAUGCGGAGUUGUUCCCGUGCGAAUCGUGGGUCGGUUUUGCUAGUGACCCACCCGUGUUCCAGCGGACAAUAAUAGCUAGAUCAACCCGAAUCACAGCCCCACACGACGCCGGAUAGCAAACCGAAUAACCCAUUGGACAGUUUUAGCUAAAAUUUAGCACAAACAAUCAACUGAUCCUCAACAAAAAGUUUCUAGACCAACGUCCCUGUAAGAGCCGUACAAGGUACAAGGAAGAAGAGAGCCAUCGACACUGCUUUAGCAGUUGCGAAGGCCACCCAGAAAAAAACUCACAGCCUCUCAAACCAAACUCCUAUCAGUUAUUGAUCUCUUUCUCUCCUUUGCUCGUCCUUACUUUUUUCUAACUCUGUUCUUUGCCCUGUUAACUUGAGCUCCUUGCAGAGAAGCUCUUGCUUCGUCGUCUUCUUUCCUUAGCCGAUUCAAGAUCAUCCGUGAAAAUGGUGCUCGACGAUACUUUCAAGGAUUACAAGGUCAUCGUGAACCCGGAAAGGAAUGAGAUGAAAGUGUGCCCACCUGCUAAUUCGACCAACUCGGAAUGGAGUCCGGAUCCUCUUGCCACCUCUCUUCCCACGCUGUUCCGCCAAAUUCUGGUCAUGCUUGUCAUGAGUGGCUUCGUCUCCGUCCUCCUCAAGCCCCUCCAUCAGCCUCGGUUUGUCGCCGAGAUCAUUGGCGGCAUCCUCAUAGGGCCGACGUUUCUAGGAGAUGGCACUUAUUUCCACGAUCAUUUCCUUCCUUUCGCGAGCGCAACGGUCAUGGAGGCCUUCACCACCUUGGGUGUCGUCUACUACAUGUUCCUCGUCGGGUUAGAGAUGAACUUGGCUCCUAUACUUCGAAUCCAGAGGAAAUCCAUAAGCAUCGCCCUGGCUGGGAUUCUUGUCCCGCUCGCCAUAGGAUUUGGCUCGUAUUUCUUGAUUGUCCCGGAAGCUGAAGAGACGGACAAGAAGUGGUUGAGGCAAAGGGGUGCCUUCGUGUGGGGCAUCGCCCUCACGGCCACGAACUUACCCGAUGUCACGCGGAUUCUGUCCGACUUCAAGCUCCUGCGCACGGAGACCGGAAGAACGGCGCUGUCUUGUGCCUAUGUGAGCGACAUAGGCACUUGGCUGUUACUCGUUACAGUGAUCACAAUGUCUCACGAUAACGUUUUCUUCAUUGCAAUCUCUACCGUUGUUUUUGUGCUGCUCUGCAUGUACGUGGGCCGUCCGGCUCUCUUGUGGCUCAUCGACCGGACGAUGGAUGGGGAUGAGUACACGGAGUACCAGGUCCAAUUCGUCCUCUGCGGAGUCAUGCUAUGGGGUUUCAUAACAGAUGCAAUAGGAUUGUACUCGAUCUUCGGGUCUUUCAUGUUCGGUUUCAUCCUGCCGAGUGGCCAGCUCGCGACCCUAAUCACGGAGAGGAUCGACAGGGUGACGUCAUGGAUAAUGCUACCACUAUAUUGCCUAUUGAACGGCCUCCGGACCAAUGUUCCCAGUAUGAUACCGAAAGGAAGGACCGGUGCGCACGUGGCGGUCUUCAUAUGCUUGGCUUGGGUCGCCAAGUUCUUGAGCACCCUUCUCAUCUCCAUAUACUACAAAAUGGAAAGACAAGAAUCCGUGACGCUCGGAGUGCUCAUGAACACCAAAGGACUAUUGGCCAUUAUCGUCAUCAACAUUGGGCGGGAUCUGUUGCUUCUGGACAUCGAGUCAUCUGCGGUGAUGGUUAUAGCACUCCUGGUGAUGACAUUCACGGUCCCUCCAAUCAUCAGGCGCACCUACAGAAUUGAAAAGCCUCUGAUGCUGCACAAACGGAGGACCAUCCAGAGCACUGGACUAGAUUCGCCGCUUCAAGUCCUCGCGGGAAUCUACUCGACUCAGAGCAUGCGCGGCAUCGUGAACCUACUGCAGCUCUCUCAUGCUACCAGGGAGUCCCCGAUCAACGUCACGGCCGUCCACCUGGUGGAGCUCACAGAGCACACUUCAGCGGCGAUGCUGGUCGUGCACGAUGCGUACAAGCCAAAUUCCCACAGGGCAAGCGAGGAGAAUGCAAAGGCCGACUCGGAUCAGAUCGUCCAAGCCUUUGAAGACUAUGAAAGGGAAAGCAACAACACGGCGUCCGUCGAAGUUCUGUCUGCUCUGUCGCCCUACGCCACGAUACACGUGGACGUUUGCAGCAUCGCGGAAGACAAGCGAGCUUCAAUCAUAAUCAUACCGUUCCACAUACAGGGAAAGAACAACGACGAAUCCGAGAGCAGCAGUUCUUCCAUCAAAGACGUCAACCAAAAUGUGCUGGCGAGAGCACCGUGCUCCGUAGCUCUGCUGGUCAACCGGGGUCUAGGGAUGUCCAACCACAGACGGCGAGCAUUGUUAGUGUUCUUCGUGUGCGGGCCCGACGAUCGGGAGGCCUUAGCGUAUGCCUGGAGGAUGGCACUCCAGCCUGAGGUUCACUUGACAGUCGUACGGUUCUUCGAAGGGGAAGGCACCAUAGACCGCGCACCGCUGGACUACCCCAAGGACAGCGAAGGGGCUCUUACAGUCUUUGAGGAGCAUGCGAGGCAAAGAGCAAUGGACGAAGAGUACAUAAACGAAUUCAGGUCGAAGACGAUGAACAAUCAGUCCUUCUCUUACAUAGAGGAAGUGGUGAACGACUUGCAUGAAACCCUGACUGCUAUGGGGCAAAUAAUGGAGCGAGAAUCGUAUGAAUUGUGCAUUGUGGGACGAGGGAAACAAAGCACGUCCCCACUCGCGGCCAGCCUGUCGGAAUUGACCGAGUAUCCGGAGUUGGGAGCCUUAGGAGAUGCGAUCGUCACAUCUAAUUUCGCGUUGAACUCGUCUGUUCUGGUAGUGCAGCAGUAUACCAACAAAAUUUCGGGGUUUGAAGCUGGGUCGGGCAGGUUUUUGGGCAACGCCCGUCCAUGGAAAGUCAAGAACUGGCGGCGCAAAGGCACUUGUUAAGCGAAGGGAGAUUGUGAGAACCGGCGGCAAUCGUUUAUUAGCAACACCCAAAGCCGGUCCAGUAUCUCGACUCGUCCAUGGAGAUGCCAUGGCUUCUUUGCUUCCAGCGCUGCACCCCUCGUUGCCCCCAGACACUAGAACAGAUCUGAAAUGGAAACUGGCCAUACCGUGCUUCAAACUGCCUCCAUCCGACGAUGUUGUGUCUGUACCCCAUCUAUACUUUUUGCCAUGGAUUUACGAUCGGGUCGAGACUUAAUAGAAAAACAUACCGUUUCCAUUUAGUUGAUGAGUACAUUUGAAGAGCAGUAAUCCUAGGAAUACGGAUGAUGAUUUACAAAAUGGAUGGAGCUGUCACUAAGAAAAGAGCCCCUACACAUUCAAUGAAACUUAUUUCGAUGGAAGUGUUUCUUCAGGACCAAUGGGGCACCUCUCAGAAACAGAAUAAGAGCCUUAUCAGGAAUGAAGUAAAGACUCUUACACCGUCAGUACAACCCAUUAGAUAUAUAAUUCAAGCUGAGUAAACCUCAACCAUGGGGAGAAAUCAGUACACAAUGUAUCAACAUCUACUAGUACAUCGGAUAGAUUCUACACCACAUGGACUAUCUAUGCUGGAUCAUAA